AUGCAUCUAGAAUUUGGCCUAACCUUUCAAUAACUAAACUUUUCCCUCCAAGUUUCUAGAUCUUCAAAAUUAAGUAUUAAAGGAAACGAGUAAAUGCUUGUAAGCUUCUUUGACCAUCUGAAUAAGGCUGUAUUUCCACUGCACAGUCUCCAAGUUCUCUAGCAGAAGGGCCCAGUGUGAUAGGUACCAACUUGCCCCCUUUGCAGUGGCUACCACAUAUGUCCUGGAUACUCAAUGCAGCGACUGCACACCGGCCAGACCCCGGAAGUAGUUGUGGAUUUGGUGACUGAACCAAAUGCCUGAUGAGCUCAGGAACAAGAUUCAGACUGUGCCUGAGGACUAGCAAUCCCCCUCAGCUUCUCACCGCAAGGUGGCUGCAGGCCAGCCCAGAGUUUAGGCCUACUGAGGAAUAACAGCCUGGAGAAUAGAGCUUGAUUCACCCCGUCUCCCAGUGAACACUAAGAAAUGUUCAAGAUUUUGCACAUCGUAAACCAUCAAUGUGGUGGAUUGAAUGUUUGUGUGACCCCCUCCCCCACAAACUUCCUAUGUCGAGACCCUAAGCCCCCAGGCGAGGGUGUUAGGAGAAGGAACCUUUGAGAGGCGAUUAGGUCCCCACGUGGAAGCCCUCCUGAUGGGGCUAGUGUCCGAAUGAGAAGAGAAGUGAUAGAGCCUGCUUCCUUUCUCUCUGCUCGUCAUCCUGUGAAGACGCAGCCAGAGGACAGCCACCUGUGGACCAGGAAGAGGCCUUCACCAGAGCCCAACUGUGCUGGCACGCCGAUCUUGAAUUUCUAGCAUCCAGAACUGAGGAAUAAAUGUUUGUUGUAAGCCACCCAGUCCACGGUAUUUUUGUUAGAGCAGCCUGAGCUAAGACUGAGUCUCUAGAAGGCUGGGCUGGGGAGGGGACGAAGGAGGUGGAAGGAACACAACCCUGUCCCACACAGGAACGGCACAGGUGAGGGGGCCUUCUGCCCCUUGGCAGCGUCCGCAGUCCGCAGGCACGACCAUCGCGGCUUUACCUGUCAACGCAAGGUCUGGCGCCCGCGACCUGCACUUCCACAGCGGGCGCGACCCUAGCUCCUGCUCUGCUCGCCCUCUCCCUGAGUUUCUCAGUCUCCACAGUUAAGCAGUCCUCGCUGCAUGUCCUCUGUGUCUGUGGCCGUCCUUCAGUCACCUCGCAGACCCAUCCGUGACUACUGGGUGGGGCAAAUGCGAUUUCAGAAACUUGGCCUCGCUGGAUUUGAAUAUAAAUACAAAUCGGAGAGGCAGGAAAGCAACGCAGGCGGUUGCCCAGUAGUAAGCUGAGGUGCAGUCAGGACCAGACCCACACCCAGGUCUUCGCGUCUGCACCUGUGUCUACUGUGUGGCCACUUUCCGGGUCACCUGGCAGAUGCCCCGGGCAGCGCCACCAGCCCCUCCUUUCGGUUCCUCCGGAGGCAGGAGGAGGCUGGGGUGGACCCCCAGAAAAUCGCCCUUGUCCACUUUGCAAGACUGUGUGAUUCCUUUUUACUGUCACAGGGACUAAAAACUCUUCUCAAAAGGUCUUUCAGGUGGCCAUGACGUCACAGGCCGUUUCUGAGCAAGUGACUGAGCAGCGGAGUCAGCGAGGCGGUGGGCGCUGCCGCGGGCGGUCCCAGACGGGCCUCGCCGUCCUGUCCCCUGCCUGUGGCGCCCGCUUGGCUGAGGGCCUGCCGGACUUCACGCGGCGGGCUGGUGCGGGGAUACCAGAGACCUGGAGAGAGAGCUGCGGCACUGCCGUCUGCCUUCUUGUGUGGAUGGCCACGGACUGCCAUGGACUGCCAUGGACUGCCAUGGACUGCCACGGACUGCCACGGACUGCCAUGGACUGCCAUGGACUGCCACUGACCGCCAUUCUCCCCUGGCCAAGGAGCAGCAGAGCAUCUCUGGUGAGCUCACGACCUCCUGUGGUGGCAAAGCCACACCAGCCUUUCAUCUGGAGCUGCAGGACUCUCCCAGUGCUGCCCAGGAAGAUGUCAGGCACCUGGUAUUUUCACAACAGCCAACCAAUUUAUUAAUUAAUUAUACUUCAAAUGUUGGGUGCCCCUGUGUGUCAGAUAAUAACAAUGUUACGCCAAUGUGUACAGCUAGUGUUACCGCUCUUGACCGAGGAAAGAACCAAGCAGCACAUGAAAAGUUGGAGAACAGCCUUUAUUCUUCCACAGCAGGCUCAGCACACCUAGUGUUACAGCUCUCUUUGAGCCUUCCAAUCUUCUGACUCUUUCUGCUCCCCUUCCUUGGUUUCUCCUCCUGCUUUGAUACCCUUGGUAGGGCUCAAAAAGCGUCUAAUCAACUACAACCUUUAACAUCCAAUCAACAUCAAGC